CGAGUUGUCACGUGAUAUGAUAACCGGAAGCCUGAGCCGACCUACAUAAAACAUGCAUCGUAUCCAGAAAGUAGAAAUAAAAGAAUGAUAGAACAAUGUAUUCGUACAAUUAAAUUAUUUUACUACAGAUUACUGCUUAGGACGUGUAGUCCGUCAACUCGACGAUGAAGCUACGUGUCCAGUUGCAGUGCAAAAAUCUGCAUGAAUAUUUGAGGGAGCUGAGUCCUGACAUUUUGGACAGACUCUACAACCACCCGGCAACAUGUCUGGCUGUCUACAGAGAACUCCCUUCUCUGGCCAAAACCUAUGUGAUGCGUAUGCUUUUUCUGGACCAGCCACUACCACAGGCUGGAGUGGCAUUGUGGGUAAAGAAGGACAGCCAGAAGGACCACGAUGAAUGUGUGUCAAUGCUGACCGGACUCAGGCUCUGGCACAGUCAGCAGCUGCAGGGCGGACUGCAGGGAUACAUCCUGAAUCUGGUCUUCAAGGAUAACCUUAGGAUCGCUCUGCUUGGCGGGGGCAAAGCGUGGGCGGACGAGGGCAGCGCUCUGGGGCCUGAUCGUCACGCGCGCGACAUUGACAGUCUCGACCACUACGCUAUGGAGCGCUGGGAGGUGAUUCUGCACUUCAUGGUGGGAUCCACCAGUGCUGCCGUCAGCCAAGAUCUGGCACAGCUGCUGGUUCAGGCCGGACUCAUGAAGAGCGAGUCCGGAGAAGCCCCCUACAUCACCUCAGCUGGUUUCCAGUUCCUGCUGCUGGACACUGCUUCUCAGCUGUGGUACAUCACGCUGCAGUACCUGAAAACUGCGCAGACCCGAGGGAUGGACCUGGUGGAGAUCUUGUCUUUCUUAUUCCAGCUCAGUUUCUCUACUUUAGGCCGGGAUUACUCCGUGGAGGGCAUGAGUGAGUCCUUACUCACUUUCCUGCAGCACCUGAGGGAGUUCGGACUGGUCUUCCAGCGGAAGAGAAAAUCCAGACGCUAUUACCCCACCAGAUUGGCCAUCAAUGUGGCUGCAGGGGUCACGACCAGCGCUACCAACUCCAGUACGUCGUUCACUCCCACCGGAGAUGCAGGCUACAUUAUAGUGGAAACAAAUUAUCGCGUCUACGCUUACACAAACUCGGAACUACAAAUUGCUCUGGUGGCUCUCUUCAGCGAGAUGCUCUACCGCUUCCCCAACGUUGUGGUGGCUCAUGUGACAAGGGAGUCCGUUCAACAGGCCAUCUCCAACGGCAUCACUGCACAGCAGAUCAUUCACUUUCUAAGGACGAGAGCUCACCCAGUUUUGCUCAAACAGACUCCAGUGCUGCCUCCCACUGUCACAGAUCAGAUCCGACUGUGGGAGCUGGAAAGAGAUCGACUGCAGUUCACAGAAGGCGUGCUGUAUAACCAGUUCCUCUCUCAGGCUGACUUCGAGGUGUUGAGAGACAGAGCUCAGGGUCUGGGAUGUCUGGUGUGGCAGGAUGUCGCACACAGGGUGCUGGUGGUGACGCCGCAGGGACACAGCGAGGUCAAGAGAUUCUGGAAACGACAAAAGUCGCACACGUGAUGACAGGGGG